UCUUCUUGUAAAACCUCUUCCAUUUCUCUUCUCUUCAUCCCCAUAGAUUUCAAGCUCUUAAUCUCUGUCGUUAUUCUGCUGCUUUCUUUUCUAGCAACAUCUUUUAGAUCCGAAGCUCUGUUAGUUUCUGAGUUUCUCAUACCAAUUCUCCGAUACAGAUCCGUUCAUUCAAUCAAUUUCACCCUUAAUUUCUUCAAUUCUUUGAUGCUGCGUAUUGUGUUCUUGAUGUUUGAGAUUAAUGUCUCCUGUUUUGAGUGAAAUCCUCCGUUCCGGGUUUAUGAUCAGUUCCUCACUCAGACGCAGGACCCAUCUUGUUCAAUCUUUCUCCGUCGUCUUCCUCUACUGGUUCUAUGUUUUUUCAUAAAUAACCUAUCAUCUCAUCAUCAACGCCGUUCUGAUCUUUACAUAUAUAAUAUAUAACUUCUAAAUCCAGCUUAAAUAGUGAUAGAUAUAUAUUAAUAACCUGGAUCUGGGUCCUGCGUCUUUUGAGGUCAACGUCGUUGAAUCAUCAGUACCUAAGCUUUUUUGAUCUAAGGUUUCUGGUGGGAAGAAAAAAAAAAUGGCGUCUUCCAGCGGGAACUCGUCGGGAUCUACCCAGAUUCAGAACUCCGGGUCGGAGGGGAACGAGAGGAAGCGGAAGAGAAUGCAGUCGAACCGCGAGUCGGCGCGGCGGUCGAGGAUGAGGAAACAGAAACAUCUGGACGACAUGGUGUCGCAGGUUGCGCAGCUGAGGAACGACAACGCCCAGAUCCUUAAUAACAUCAACCACACCACCCAACAUUACCUUAACAUGGAGAGGGAGAACUCCGUUCUCCGAGCUCAGCUCAUGGAGCUCACCCACAGACUGCACUCCCUCGACGACAUGCUCGCUUCCAUAAACUCUGUCUACGGAAUCUUUGACUCGCCGGCGCCGGCGCCGGAGAUUCUUACCGCGCCGGAAACUUUCAUGACCAAUCCUUGGAUGUAUCUCAACCAACCCAUCAUGGCAUCCGCUGAUGCAAUGUUCCAGUGUUGAUUAAAAAGACAAUCUUGCCCUUGUGGUGCAGACUAAAAAAACAAUCAUGGGGUGGUGGUAGUUUUUUUUCAUUGGUUGAAUGAAAGGAGAGGAGGGGUAAAAUGGGAAUUAUAUUAAUUAUGUCAACUAUUAUUUGGUUGUUUUCCUAGUAGUAUUAUAUUAGUAUAAUAAUAUGAUUAGUAUAAUCUUAAUAAUUAGGUAGUUGAGUCAUGAGUAUGAUUCUCAAGGGGAAGUGGGGAGGGUGUUUUGGUCUUUCUUGAAAUGUAAAUGGAUUAUAUAUUAUUAUUAUUGGCGGUAAGGAUGAAUGGUUGUGAAUGCAUGUAUGUUAUCUAUCUACCCUAA